GGAGUGUCACGUGGGAACGGCGCGCCCUCUGGAGCGGGAGCGAGCGGACAGUGAUUUCCGGUGUCGGGAGGCGGGUGGAAAGUUUCACCGGGACAGAGGGCGGUAGCGGUUCGGGAGCGGACCAUGGACAGCCAGGGUAGGAAGGUGGUGGUCUGCGACAAUGGCACUGGGUUUGUCAAGUGCGGAUAUGCUGGCUCCAACUUUCCAGAACACAUUUUUCCAGCAUUGGUGGGCCGUCCCAUUAUCCGAUCCACUGCCAAAGUUGGGAAUAUUGAGAUCAAGAAUAACAAAAAGAUGGAUCUGAUGGUGGGUGAUGAAGCCAGUGAAUUGCGUUCGAUGUUAGAGGUUAACUAUCCUAUGGAAAAUGGCAUUGUUCGAAAUUGGGAUGACAUGAAACAUCUGUGGGAUUACACGUUUGGCCCAGAGAAGUUAGAUGUUGAUUCCAAGAAUUGCAAAAUUCUUCUAACUGAACCACCAAUGAACCCCACAAAGAAUAGGGAAAAGAUAAUUGAGGUGAUGUUUGAAACCUACCAGUUUAGUGGAGUCUACAUCGCUAUUCAAGCUGUCCUCACACUCUAUGCUCAAGGUUUGCUAACUGGUGUGGUUGUGGACUCGGGUGAUGGUGUGACACACAUCUGCCCAGUAUAUGAAGGGUUCUCACUGCCACACCUAACACGGAGGCUCGACAUUGCUGGCCGGGAUAUCACCCGAUACCUCAUUAAGCUGCUUCUCCUGCGAGGUUAUGCUUUCAACCAUUCAGCUGAUUUUGAAACAGUUCGUAUGAUGAAGGAGAAGCUGUGUUAUGUGGGAUAUAACAUUGAGCAGGAGCAGAAACUGGCACUGGAAACAACUGUGUUGGUGGAGUCCUACACGCUUCCAGAUGGCCGAGUGAUAAAAGUUGGAGGAGAGCGUUUCGAAGCAGCUGAAGCCUUGUUUCAGCCUCAUCUCAUCAAUGUGGAGGGUGUCGGUGUGGCUGAGUUACUCUUCAGUACGAUUCAAGCAGCUGAUAUUGAUACCAGGUCAGAAUUCUACAAGCACAUUGUCCUGUCUGGUGGCUCAACCAUGUAUCCCGGUUUACCAUCACGCCUGGAGCGUGAGCUCAAACAGCUGUACCUCGAGCGUGUUCUCAAAGGGGAUGUCGAGAAACUUUCUAAAUUCAAGAUCCGUAUUGAAGAUCCACCUCGGCGCAAACACAUGGUGUUUUUAGGAGGAGCUGUCCUUGCUGACAUCAUGAAGGACAAGGAUAGUUUCUGGAUGACCCGACAGGAAUAUCAGGAGAAGGGGGUGCGAGUCUUGGAGAAACUUGGAGUGACUGUUCGAUAAAUUCACAUGCUCAUUUCGGUCCAACGGUUCUCACUGCUUUUUUUGUUAUUUCUUGCUCCUCUUUAAAUCAUUUGACUGUUUGACCUGGAGAAGCUUCUGCCCUUUUGACUCCUGGGGUCAGCUUUUUUUUUUUGUUCACUGGUACUGCUGGUUUCCUGGGAGAGCUUUCUUCCAUAUCUGUCAACUUCCCGGAAUUGUAAAAGCAUCCAACUUGACCAUUUCCUUACAAACAGAAAAAAGGGUGUAGGGGCUGGUAGUGGAGGGAGGGAGGGUGGAUUUGGGAAAAGGCUGUCUGCCAAGGUGUGACAGUCCUGUUGGCACUUCAAGAACCUCCUGUAGGUCGUAGCUGCAACUGUAGUGUUGGACUGUUCACUGUCUGUAGAACACAACCUAGUUUGAUGCUCUGGCUCAGAGGGACCACCACACUCAAAGUUGUCUUUUCAAAAAGCAGCUUUCAUGACCACUGCCUCGCAGUGGUUAGUGCUGUGACUUGAUGCAUUUUAAUAUAGAUUCACUUCCUGGAAGUAGGGCUGGAGUACAAUGUCAGUGUCCUUUUCUUGUUUUAAAACAAGCCUUCAUUGUAGUGUCUGGGAUGGGGUUGCGGUAGUGAAUAGCAAAAUUUGGGUUUGGAGAUUUUUGUGUUGUGGGAUGUUUAAGUGGUAAAUGCCAGCUAGCCUGAUUUAACUCUUAUGUUGCUUCAUCUUUAAAACAAUGGUAUGCAGUGCUGCACAUUUCUGAUAAUUGGAAAGACGACAAAUGUGGCAGUGGAUGGGCAAAAAUCUUCAUUUGGUGCAAGGCCUCAGCAACAAAACCUUGUAUAACUGAAAGGGACUGGGUUCCCUGGUAUUAGAUUUAAAACGUUUGUAGCUAUGUUCACUAAAAUUAAACCUAUAUUAUAUAAAUAUAUAUAAAAUAUGAGAAGCUAGAACUUAUAAAUUGAUAGAGGUGAUAUUUAAGUCGAUCAGCGCUCCACUUAUUCAUGAAGUGCUUCAUGUUCGGACUCAUUAAACAUUUAAGGGGAAAUUGCAGCAUGUACAAUUACACAGUGCCAGAGGCGUCUUUAUAACUUGGAUCUCUCUUUACACACAAACUGCGAAAAAACAAAAUAAAGCAGUGAUUUGUAGAUAAUUGUGCAUACAUUGUUUAAAUUGGUCUCAUUGAGUUGGAUAAGGUAGGAAACAUAAAGCUUCACAGUGUCAUAGAGUUGGAGAUUUGGAUAAGAUUGAGCCCAUUUAGUCCAUUGCUCUUCUGUUAUUAACCCACUGACCUAAACUCUCUGCUGCACUUCACCUGUAGCUUUGAACAUUGGUUUCUCUUGUUGCUUAUCCAACUCCCUCUUGAAUGUGACUGACUUAGCUUCAGUGACUCCUUGUAAAAUGCAUUCCAUAUUCUGAUUUGAUUGGGUGGGUGGGUGGGGUGGGGGGUUGGAGAAAGAUGCUUUCUACCAUUGCAGUUCUUUUAGAACUAUCUGAACAGUAUAAAUUUUGGUGCCAAACUUCUCAAUCUGUUAUCUGCCAAACUUCAUUUUAAAACUUGCAGCUGAGGAUCUGUAUCCAACCUUUGACAAGCCUGGUGUGCCUGUUUGUAUGUGAGGGGAGGGAGGAAUGCCACCUUUUUCAGAAAAGUCAGGUGAAUUGCAUACAAGCUGUUUGGGUGUUCGUAAGUGAGCUCAAAGCCAUUCAGAGUCCCCUUCAAAUUGUUUUAAAGAGAUGUUAUCUGCUGACCUAACAGCUCUAAAUGGCUGAAUUAGCAAGGUCCAUACCCACAUAUCUUUUUUCAAUUAUCUUUGAUCUUUAAUAAAGUUUAAUUUGAGUUACCCUCAUUAUCUUCGCUUAAACCAGCACUGUUUAAAAAUGAGUAAACUGGUGAGUGUUGUUUGAACGUUGGUUUUUAAUGGUUGCUCUGUUUCCUAAAAAUGUAUUGUGCAACUUUCAGAACCAAAAGUUGAGCGAGCAAUUUGUGCAAAUGAUUGCUAUUAAAAUAGUACAAAGUUGGCCACAGAAA